CUGUGUGUGUGGGUGUGUGCCGUCGUCGCCUGCGACGUACGCGCGCGCACCGGCGAAAAGGGCGUGUUCCCAACACGGCUCCCCAAUCAGCGGGGUGAGGCGGACACGUCGCCCACGCCCACCCAUACCAUACCACACCACACGAGCCAAACCCACCUCACGCGCAGCCGCCGUGCCGUGCCGUGCGGCGUCCCGUGCGUGGGCUACUGAAGCUACACUCUCGCCUCCCUCUCGCUCGAUUUCCACCGAAAAAAUUCCCCUCCUCCAGCUCUCUGGCGACUCUGGCGCACGCACACCCUCUCAGGCCCAGCGCCGACGCAUCCGGAUCCCGAUCUGCGAGCUCGCUGCUGUUGGGCGGUGUUGGGGAUGGAAGGGCAGCGGGAGGGGUGGCCGCGCGGCGGCGUGGGGGAGGGGGGUGAGCGGGAGGAGGAGGAGGUGGCUGAGGACCAGUUCGAGCGGCUGCCCGACGAGGUGCUCCUCGACGUGUUCGACCGAAUCGGCGACGUGAAGGCGCUCGGGCGAUGCGCGCUCGUCUCGCGGCGGUUCCACGCGCUCGUCCCGCUCGUCGACUCGGUGUUCGUCCGCGUCGACUGCGUCAUAUCCGACGACCCGGCCCCUUCGUCGGCGGGCUCCGCGCAGGCGGCGGAGGGUGGACCCCCCGCCGCGCGGGGCCGCGGCGCGCUCGCGCAUCUCGCGCGCCUGGUGCUCGGCGGCAUCGUCAGGCCCAUCCAGGCGCUCGGGCAGAUCCUCUCCCCCGCCGCGGCGUCCGUCUCCCGGCGCUCCGCCGCGGCCCCGCCCUCCACGCCGCCUCCGGCCGCCGCGGACAUCUCCCACCAUUCGCCGUCCGAGGUCCUCCGCUCCUUCAAGGAGCUGCGCAGCCUCCGCAUCGAGCUGCCCUCAGGCGAGCUCGGCAUCGAGGACGGCGUGCUCCUCAAGUGGAAGGCUGACUUUGGGUCCACACUCGGCAGCUGCGUCAUACUCGGUGCAUCAUCUGUUUCAUCGAAACCACCUCCACCUCCGGCCGCGCCACCCCCAACUGCGGCGGACAUCUCGGCUGCCUCUCCCGAUUCCAGCAGAGAGCCUGAUGAAUUGGGAAAUAUUCCAGAGUCACUCUAUACGAAUGGAGGGCUGAAGCUCCGCGUUGUCUGGACGAUCAGCUCGCUCAUUGCUGCUUCGGCACGGCAUUACUUGCUUCAGCCGAUCAUCGCUGAUCACUCAACUCUCGAGAGCUUGGACCUGACGGAUGCUGAUGGGCAGGGCGUCCUCACUAUGAACAAGAGACAGCUGCAGGAGCUGCGUGUUCGGCCUGUGUCAGCCUCUGGGAACUCACAUCGCACGCUCAUGCCAGCACUCAGUAUGCGACUAUGGUAUGCUCCGCAUAUUGAGCUUCCUGGGGGACAACUGCUGAAGGGUGCUACCCUGGUUGCAAUCAGACCAAGUGAGGAUGUUCUAAGGGAAGGGGGAGGAGUCGAGGCUGCUGGUCCGACAGGUGCUAGCUGGAUUGUAGAUGCCUUUGAGGAGCCAUAUCGAACAGCAGCACAGGUGCUUCUCAAGCGGCGGACAUAUAGCCUUGAAAUGAACUCAUUCUGACCAUCAGGGAGGCUUUUUCAGAGAAUUUUACACUUUGGGAAAGAAUUCUUGUGUACUGAGCCCAAAAGGACAUAGGGCUUUCCAUUUUCACCUCCGUCAUGUUUGCUUGCCUGGAUUAUGUACUGAGCUGGUCCUAUAAUUUGCAGUAGCAUCAUGUGCUUGAUGUUUCCCUGUUGGCAACUUGGCAUGAUUGAUACAAAAUAGGAGAAAAGUAACAAGUUGUAGGAGCUUAUCUUUUGGAGAAUUGUUCAAGUGGCCUCCAGAUUUUCUGAUGUGCCAUUUUACUUUCCUUUACCCUGAUUUAUUUGUAAAACACUUUUAUCACGGAUCGAAGGUUUUUGAAUUGUUAAAUGGCAGUUCGUUUGAUGAAACGACUGGAAAUUACUAGUAAGCGCUUGAAGGUUGGUUUCUGUACUUCUGUUUAGGGGAAGGACAUAGUGCUUGGCGGCUGGAAGUCAUAUGUCAGAACCCUACUCUGUUGUGCCUCGAUGUUCUAAAAUCCUUCACUAUGACUAGAAUGAAGAAUAUCACCAAUUUGGAACUUGAGUAACAAUGCCUUUCUCUGGUUUAUCUCUUACUACUACUAUACUUCAGUCCUAUGUCAGUCAGAGUGUCAGACUAAGGUUCUUCAUCAUUAUUGCCAGUGCACGUUUGCAAUUGAUUCUUUUGUUUCCCACUGUAUUUCAUGUUUAUGCGUCCUUUACCAGUUUUUAGAACGACUGAGGUGUUUAUUGAUAAAGACGAUGCACUAUUUUUAACAGGUCUUAUUAUAUUCUGGUAGGUGCAAAAGGUUGUGCUUCAUUGGAUUAUUUGACUGAACUGAUUUUCACUGUUA